CUUACAAUGUAUUUCAUAAACUUAUGAUUAGUAUUAUUGUAAAAUAAAAAACAAUAAUAUUAUAAAUUAUUAACAAAAUAAAAAACAUUUUUAAAUAGCAAUUAAAUUGAUUGACUAAUUGCUGCCAAAAGUAAUGGCAAACCUAUUGAGAAGUCCAACAAAAGUAAGCCAUUUGUUGGCCAUUGUAUUGAAUGGCAACAAAACAGCGGUCACUGCUGUCAGACAUUGUGGUUUCAUUCGCGACUGGAAACCCGGUCACUACCCGAAGACUCAGGAGGAAAGAGAAGCGGCGGCAAAGAAAUAUAAUCUAAUUCCCGAAGAUUACGAACCAUAUCCCGAAGGCACGGGUUAUGGAGAUUAUCCCAAUCUACCGCCCGUCGGUCAGGAUGCCAGAGAUCCACACGAAGACUUUGAUUACCACUACAGACGGCGAAACUUUGGUGAAACGUUGAAUAUCAAUUAUGAAAUCUAUACAUCCGAUCGACACAAUCCCAAUGAAGAACUCCGAUAUCCAAUUUGGGCGAUGUAUGCCUUUCCCAUCUCAAUCUUUUUAGGCAUUUAUCUGAUAGGAUUGGCCGGUGAUUACUGGGAUCUAAGAGUUUCAUAUCCAGUGAAACCAAAACAAUUCCCAAAGUCUGGUAUAACUCAUUACACGUUUGAACCGUUAGAUAAUUAAUAGAUGACUUGUGGUAAACAAAAUGAUUAGUUAUAUAUUUAGUUGACUUUCAAAUUAAUUACAGAUU